AUGCCCUCUUCCGAUUCCAAGAUUAUCAUCGUCGGUGCUGGCGUGUUCGGCCUCACUACCGCUCUUUGGCUGGCCCGUGGCGGCUACAAGGACAUCACCGUCUUUGAUCGAUGUGCCUUCGACUCCAACUACUACGAUCCUGCAAAUGGCUGUGAUGGCGCAUCCUCCGAUUUAAACAAGAUUUUCCGCAUGGCUUACGGAGACAAGAAAGACUAUCAAACCUUGGCCAUAGAGGCACGAGACAUGUGGCUUGCAUGGAACAAGGCUAUCAAGGAGAGCACUCCCUCUGAGCUUCCUCCAGGCCUCAGCCCAGAAGACCAACUUCUCUACGUAUGUGGGUGCUACUUUAUCGGUCAAGGACGCGAACUACAAGGAGAGAAUGCCGCCAGCCUCGACACAAUGGCAAAAACGGCACCUGACUUUCGAAAGAUGCAAUUUGUCAAGAACAACCCCAAUGAUGAAGAGCGUCUUCGGAAGAUUGACCCUAAAUGGGUGAGCAAAUACCACAUCAUUGACAGGAUUAACGGCGGCAACACCCAUGGUUUCCUGGAUAUCAACGCUGGUAUCACAAUUGCAGACAAGGCCUGCGUCUAUGCACGAUUCUUAUGCCUCCAAGCUGGUGUCAAGUUUGUGCUUGGCGAACCCCAAGGCAAAUUUGAGACUCUGAUCAUCGAGAACAAUGGCAGAGCCAAGAGGGUCGCAGGCAUCAGGACUGCUGACGGCAAGAGGCACUUUGGAGAUCUUGUCAUUGUCGCUGCCGGUAGUUGGAGCUCCUCAAUCGUUCCAGAGGCCCAUAGGACCGUCGAGGCCACUGCAGGCACAGUCAUGUUCAUUGAUAUUCCGCCGCAUCGACAAGAUCUGAGGGCAAAGUUUCACCCCGACAACUACCCGGUCUGGUCUUAUCGUGCUGGGGAAGGCGAAGAAUCGUAUUCUGGGGGCGGAUAUCCCAUUUCUAAGGGCGGUCGCCUGAAGUUCAGCUUUCGGGGACUCAAGUUCACCAACUUUCAAGAUCAUCCAACGGAGCCAAACCUCCGAAUCUCCAUACCCAGGACAAAGUAUACCAAGGAUCCCAUCCACACAGUCCCGCUCUAUGGUUUGUCAAAGAUGAAAAAGGUCAUUUCGGAAGCGUUUCCAGAGCUUGUAAAGUUUGGUUUCACCGACAGUCGACUCUGUUGGUAUACCGACACCAUUGAUGAAGACUAUGUGGUCGACUAUGUUCCUGGAUACUCGAAGUCUCUUUUUCUCUGCACAGGUGGCUGCGGUCACGCGUUCAAGUUUCUCCCGAUUCUUGGCAGGCAUAUCAAAAACCAGCUUGAAGGUGUUCAAGACCAGUUCACCAGCCUGUGGAAAUGGCGGGUCGCCGAGGACGGCAAGGAUAACAAUGGCCUCUCUGAGGGCGAGAGCGGCCCGCGGGAAAUGUCUCGUCUUCGACUUGCUACACCCCUCGAUUUUGCCAUGCAGAAGGUGGCAUCUAGACUCUAG